AUGAUGAAGAAGAAAAAGAAGAAGAGUGUAGAGGAGUUGGAAAUUGAGAAUAAGUUAAAGCUUCUAAAUAAGCCUUCCAUCAAAACCAUUUAUAGUGAAGAUGGAGAUGUUAUUGGAUGUGUAGAUAUUUACAAGCAACCUGCUUUUGACCAUCCAUUACUUAAAAAUCAUACUAUUCAGAUGAAACCUGAUUUGGACAUUGAUUUGAAGAUGUCGAAUACACAAAACAAAUCAUUUGGAUCCGAAUCCAAUCCGUUUCAAAUAUGGCAAAAAAGUGGGAGUUGUCCCAAAGGAACAAUUCCCAUUCGCAGGGUUCGUAGAGAAGACCUAUUGAGAGCCAAUUCUGUCCAUCACUUUGGCAAGAAAUUUCCUUAUGGAACUUCCAAACUCGGCCAAGAGUUCAAUCGUUCUACAGCUAUCUUGAUCACAACGGGACUCAAUUAUAUUGGAGCUUCAGGAAAUAUCAAUGUUUGGAACCCUAAAGUUGAUUUACCUAAUGACUUCACAGCUUCUAAAAUUUGGUUGAAAAAUGGGCCUUCCGAGAAAUUUGAAAGUGUAGAAGCAGGGUGGAUGGUAAAUCCCAAGUUAUAUGGAGAUGCAAAAACUCGAUUUAGUCUCUAUUGGACAGUGGACUCCUACAAAUCCACAGGCUGCUUUGAUCUAACUUGUAGUGGGUUCGUCCAAACGAACCCAAGUGUCGCAAUUGGUGCAGUCAUCGAUCCUUUGUCAUCUACAAAUGGACAACAAUACACUAUCUUCCUUGGUAUCUUUCAGGAUCCUAAGUCAGGAAAUUGGUGGUUGAAGUAUCAAGACCAACCUGUGGGGUACUGGCCACCAACACUAUUCGGGUACUUGGACCAUAGUGCAACAUUAGUGGAAUGGGGUGGGGAAGUGUUUAGCUCAAACAUAAAGGUAGUGCCGCACACAGGGACAGGUAUGGGGAGUGGAGACUACGCUAGUGGGCUUUACGAGUAUGCUAGCUUUGUCAAACAACCAAGAAUUGUGGACUAUUCUAUCCAAUUGAAAUAUCCAAACAAAGUAGGAACUUGGGCUGAUGAGCCCUCUUGUUACUCUGUUGAUAAUUACCAACGAACAUAUACAAGCGAACCUGUCUUCUACUUUGGUGGUCCUGGUCUCAGUCGUGACUGUCAUUGA